AUACUUUAUCAAGUGACCACACUGGAGAGGUGUUUGAGAGAACACCCAAAUGGAGAUCCAAUUCAACCUCUUCACUACUGCAGUAGUAAUACUGUUAUUCUGCCUCCAAUGGUGGUGGCUCCGGCGAGCUCCUGCCGCCAAACAACCACCCGGUCCAACCGGACUUCCCAUUGUCGGUAACCUCCUCCAACUGGGGAAGAAACCCCACCAGACAAUGGCCAAUUGGGCUAAACACUACGGCCCUCUCAUGACUCUCCGCUUCGGCCUUGUUACCACCAUUGUUGCUUCCUCCGCCGAACUGGCCAAAGAAAUCCUCCAAACGCACGACAAAACCUUCUCCGACCGGCCUGUGCCGGAUGUCAUCGCGGCCCAACCCUACCCGGAAGGAACCCUUGCGUGGGUCCCCGGCAACCAAACGUGGCGCAACCGCCGGAGAGUCUGCACCACACAACUGUUCACCAACAAGACACUGGACACCAUGCAACACCUCCGCCACAAGAAAGUCGGGGACCUCCUCGGCCAUGUCCGGAAGCUCUGUGCUUCCGGUGAGCCGGUGGACAUCGGCCAAGUGGCUUUCGCUACCACCCUGAACUUGAUAUCGAUCACCAUCCUCUCCGUCGACGUGAUCGACCCGGACUUCGAGUCAGCUCAGGAGUUCAAGGACCUGGUUUGGAGGAUUAUGGAAGAUGGCGGGAAGCCGAAUCUUUCUGACUAUUUUCCGGUGCUGAAAUGGUUUGAUUUGCAGGGAAUAAGGCAUCACAUAAAGCCUUCUUAUAAGAGGCUUCAUGAGAUCUUUGAUGAAAUCGUCAGUCAGCGUUUGAAAUCUAGGGCUUUGGGUUUGGGUGCUGGUGAUUUCUUGGAAGUUCUUCUUGAUCAAUGUGAAAAAGAUGAAUCGGAUUUCAACAGCCUAACCAUCAAGCCUUUGAUCCUGGACUUGUUUAUUGCUGGGAGUGAUACAUCUUCAAUAACAACCGAAUGGGCAAUGGCAGAACUUCUUCGCAGCCCGGACACAAUGAAGAAAUUACAGAACGAACUCAUCCAAAAAAUUGGCUCUAACCGGUCCGUCAAAGAAUCCGACAUUGAUCACCUCCCAUACCUGCAAGCCGUGGUGAAGGAGACCAUGAGACUCCACCCCGCCGCCCCACUUCUGCUACCAUACAAAGCCGGGACUGACGUAGAAAUCGGCAGCUUCACCAUAUAUAAGGACAACCAUGUCGUAGUGAAUGCAUGGUCUAUUGGUAGAGAUGAAUUGUAUUGGGACAACCCAUUGGUAUUUAAGCCAGAGAGGUUCUUAGGCUCUGACAUGGACUUUAAAGGCCAAGACUUUCAGUACAUACCCUUCGGCGCUGGCCGGAGAAUCUGUCCUGGUUUGCCUCUGGGGUUCCGAAUGGUUUAUCUAAUGUUAGCUUCUCUUGUCCAUGAAUUCAAUUGGAAGAUCGCCGGAGGAAUCGCGCCGGAGAAUUUGGACAUGGAGGAGCAGUUUGGGAUUACAUUGAAGAAAGCCAUCCCACUUACUGUCAUUCCUAUGAUGAAAAAGAUGGAAUGAUUUAAGUCCUUAGAGUGUUUUUUUUCUUUUUCUUUUCCUUUUUUGUAACACUGAUAUUUCCAUGAACAUGUUUCGAGCUUCUAGAGCUUCUAUGUGGUUCCAAGUUAGUGUUUCAUUCCCUUAAAAUAAAGAAAUCCAAUUUACUUGUCUUGAUUCAA